AUGCAGGAAAAAUUAAAUUUAAUUAUACCUCAAUAUUAUGCCGAUAUAUCCCAUUUUCCAAUUACGUGUCAAAAUCUGUAAAACCUCUAAUUUCUCUGCAUCUCCCUCUCGUCCCCUCCGCCGCCGUGCCAGCAGAAAUCGAAGCUCAAAAUGGCGCCGAAAGCGGCGGCCGCCGCCGCGGCCCCCACCGUGCCGAUUGAAGAUCUCUUCACCUCCCUCAAUCGCCACAUCCAACGCUCCGAAUUCCACCUCGCCGUUAGGGUAUCAGAUCAAGUCCUGUCGAUUGCGCCGGGAGAUGAGGAUGCGAUUCUGUGUAAAGUCGUGGCUUUGAUUAAAAACGACAAGAUUGACGAUGCAUUAUCCGCAAUUGAAAAAUUAUCCAAGAAAUCUUCAGUAGAUUUAACUUUCUUCAAGGCAUACUGCUUAUAUCGACAAAAUAAGUUGGAUGAGGCUUUGGCGACUUUGAAAGGGCAUAACGGGGACUCUGCAGCUAUGUUGUUAGAGUCGCAGAUUUUAUUUCGUUUAGGAAAAAUGGAUGCAUGUGUUGAUGUAUAUCAAAAUCUUCAGAAGUCCAAGAUAGAUUCUUUAGAAAUCAAUUUUGUAGCUGCGUUGGUUACUGCUGGGAGGGCUACUGAAGUUCAGGGGACAAUUGAGUCUCUCAGACUUAAACCAACAAGCAGUUUUGAAUUGGCUUACAAUGUUGCUUGCUCAUUGAUAGAGAGAAACAAGCAUCAAGAUGCAGAACAACUUUUGCUGUCAGCUCGAAGAAUUGGCCAGGAAACAUUGAUGGAAGAAAACUUAUUAGAUGAUGACAUAGAAACUGAGUUGGCACCUGUAGCUGUUCAACUAGGAUAUGUUCAACAGGUCCUAGGAAACAAUCAAGAAGCCCUAGAAGCUUACUCCACUCUUAUCAAGAAAAAUUUGGCAGAUGAAACAUCACUUGCGGUGGCAAAAAGCAACCUCAUUGCAUUAAAGGGCCCCAAGGAUGUGUCCGAUGGUUUGAGAAAGCUUGAUAAGCUGAUAGUGAAAGGUGAAGGAUCUACCUUCUCUCUUGCUAGCGGUCUAGACCUAAAGCUCUCCCCAAAGCAGAGGGAAGCCAUAUACGUUAAUCGUUUGUUAUUACUACUACAUUCUAACAAGUUGGAUCAGGCUAGAGAACUUGCUUCUGCACUUCCAACCAUGUUUCCGAAGAGUAUAAUGCCAGUGCUUCUCCAAGCUGCUGUGCACGUGAGAGAAAACAAAGCCAAUAAGGCUGAGGAGAUACUUGGCAAUUUCGCAAAUAAGUUUCCAGAUAAGUCAAACAGCAUCCUGCUUGCAAGGGCACAGGUUGCGGCAUCUGCUGGCCAUUCUCAAAUAGCAGCCGAGUCGCUGCUAAAAAUACAAGAUAUUCAACACAUGCCUGCAACUAUUGCCACCAUUGUGUCACUCAAAGAACGUGCUGGUGACAUAGAUGGUGCUGAUGCUGUAUUUGAUUCUGCCAUACAGUGGUGGUCCAAUGCCAUGACUGAAGAGAAUAAACUUUCCGUUAUCAUACGAGAGGCUGCUAUGUUUAAGCUCCGACAUGGAAAGAAAAAUGAAGCUGCUCGUCUCUUUGAGGAGCUCAUCAAAAGCAAUAAAAGCAUUGACGCUUUGGUAGGUCUCAUUCAGACUGCUGCUCAUACAGAUGUUGCAAAGGCGGAAUCUUAUGAGAAGCAGCUGAAACCCCUUGCUGGUCUGAAGGGAAUUGAUGUGGAUGGUUUGGAGAAAACAUCUGGUGCAAAGCACAUUGAGAAUGGGCCGAUUGCAGGCAUUCCUGAGGCAUACGAACAAAAGAACAAGGAGAAAACAAAGAAGAAAAGAAAGAGGAAGCCCAAGUACCCAAAAGGCUUCGACCCUGCGAAUCCAGGUCCUCCACCAGAUCCAGAAAGGUGGCUGCCAAAGCGGGAGAGGUCAAGUUAUAGGCCUAAGAGAAAGGAUAAGAGAGCAGCACAGGUCAGGGGUGCUCAGGGUUCAGUAGCUAAAGAGGCUGCUAGCACUGUCAGCUCAAAGUCGAGCCAAACGACUAACACUAAAGGAGCAUCUCAGAAUGCCAGCACAGAGCAAGUCAAGCCUUCCUCAAAAUCCAGGAAGAAAUCGAGGAAUUGAUCAAAGAGAGCCUGAACUUUUGCAUUCACAAUGAGGUACUGGUUUCGUAGAACGAACUCCUCAAGUUUGACUGUUGAGUUAAUCAUAUUUAUAUUGCCUUUAGUAGUAAGCACUUGACAUAUGCCAAACAUAGAACUUAAUUAACUUGUUUUUGGAUGUGAUUAGCCAAACCGUUUUCGUCUUUGUUUAAUAUUUACUUGUAGUGUAUGCUAAUACAGAGAGAUCAAGCAGACCGGCGAACUCUAUAGUUGAAAAUUUUUCUUGGUAAGUUGGACA